UUCAACUCCCGGUUCGACCCGGUCGAACCCAUUGACCUCUGAUCCUGGGCUUAGCCGGGUCUGACAACCUUAUGUAAGAGUCAUUAUUUGAGAGAGCUUUGAUUUCUCUCACAUUACAAGGAUAUAAAAGCAAAUUAAUAUGAUACGUAAAUAAAUUAAAUGAGUCCCUUUAUUUGGAGAGCUAAGCCGGGUCGGCCGGGUCUGGUUCACUGAGCCAAGCCGCGGGAAUAUAUGCAAAGACAGAAAGGAGGGAAAAGGAAACCAUACUUGGACUUUACUCUUCCAUACAUAUCCGGUUGAUUCUCUGAUCUCCUCAUCUCGUCGGUGACAAUCCAGACUUGGACUUUGACUCUUUCCAUACAUCCGGUUGAUUCUCUGAUCUCUCAUCUCGUCGGUGACAAUCCAGACUUAGACUUUACUCUUUCCAUACAUCCUGUUGAUUCUCUGAUCUCUCAUUUCGUCGGUGACAAUGGCCGUGGAAGCUAUUCUUGUGAAAGCCUUGGAACUGAUCGUCGAUUUGACAGCAGCUCCUGUCCUCCAAUAUCUGCGCCCAAUUUGGGGAGGAGUUGAUGGGGAGCUGGAGAAGCUCAACAGGUAUUUACUCCAAAUCAAACCUCUGGUUGAAGAUGCAGAGGAGAGGCAGCUCAUGGAUCAGGCUGUCAAGUCAUGGCUGAUGAUGCUCAGAGAUGUUGCCUAUGAUGCUGAUGACAUUCUCGACCAGGCCAAUACACAUGUCCUGCUCAUCCAGCGCAAGGCCCAGUUUUACGGUUCCUUGAAAAGCAAGGUGCGUGACUUUUUCUCUCUUCAUCAUAACCCACUCCUGUUUCAACUUCAGUUGGGGCACAAACUUAGAAGCAUCAACAAAAGAAUAGAUGAUGUCAUAGAGGAGAUGCACAAGUUCAAUUUUAAGGUUGCAGACAACAACAAUAACAACAACAGACCUUGGAGGAAUAGGCCACAAACGCAUUCAUAUGUACCUGAUUCAGAAGUGAUUGGCAGAGAUGAAGAUAAAGAGCAAAUAGUGCAGAUGCUGAUACAUGAUCAUUUUGAAGAGAAAGUGGCAGUGGUUUCCAUAGUCGGUAUGGGCGGUUUAGGCAAGACAACACUGGCUCAGUUGAUCUAUAGAGAUAGAAAUGUGAAGAAUCACUUUCAACUAUGCAUAUGGGUAUGUGUGUCUGAUGAUUUUGAUGUGGCAAAACUUGCUAGAAACAUCAUGCUCGCCUCCUCUAAGAAACCUUAUGCGGAUACAAACAUGGAGGUGCUACAUCAGGAUCUACGGCAAGUACUGGGGCAGAAGAGGUACCUUCUUGUACUUGAUGAUGUUUGGAAUGAAGAUCACAUGAAGUGGGAUGCACUUAGACAUCUGCUUCUUGAUGGGGCAGAAGGAAGCAGAAUUUUAGUAACCACACGCAAUGACAACUGCUCAAGAAUAAUGGGUGCAAAAAAAUCUUGUCUUCUACAGGGUUUAUCAGAAGAAAGCUCCUGGGCUUUGUUCGAACGAACAGUAUUCACCACAAGUCUAUCAAGACAACCAAAAUUCCUAGAGAUUGGUAAAAAAAUCAUCAAUAAGUGUAAAGGGUUACCUCUUGCAAUACAAGUAAUGGGGAGUCUCAUGCAAUCCAAGAUCGAAGAAAGUCAAUGGCAAGCUGUGUUAGAUAAUGAAAUAUGGGAUAUACCACGUGCUACAGAUAAAAUCAGACCAGAGUUGUGGCUAAGCUAUGUUAAUUUGCCUUCUGAAGUGAAGAAAUGUUUUGCCUUUUGUGUCCUUUUGUCCGAAGGAUAGUGUUAUUGAAGUAGAUAUGCUG